AGGUCGCAGGGGUACAGCAAGGCAGGCUCUGUUAAGACAACCACUCUCAACGACCUCGGUAUUUCUGUCAGCGCCAUCAAGCUGAGUCCCUUUGAGAUCAUCAAGAACCGGUCCACCAGGAUCCUGGUUGCAGUCAAGUGCCUCAAGGCUGGACAGAAGGCGUGCACCGCGGACAAGGAUGGCAACAUUUGA